AUGCAGACAGAAACCAAACGUCGUAUAGCACUUCCCGCGCCUUUUAUGAGGCCACAUUAUGAUGUGGUUGUUAUUGGAUCAGGAUAUGGGGGUGCUAUUGCUGCCUGUCGUAUGUCACGAGCUGGAAAAAAAGUUGCUCUCUUAGAAAGAGGGAAAGAAAGAUGGCCUGGAGAAUAUCCAACCAAGCCCUUAGAAUGCUUAAAAGAAAUGCAAUAUAGUUCAGUUGCGAGACACAUAGGUAAAAAGACUGGAAUGUACCACUUUUAUAAUGGAUCUGGUCAAGAUGCUUUUGUUGGAUGCGGGCAAGCUUAUCAUCGUGUUUGGGAAAUGGAGAUUUGGCCAGAAGACAUUGAGUAUGAAGAAAUUAGGCGUGGCUACGAACUUGCACAGCAAAUGCUCGAACCAGUUUCUUACCCGGAAAGCUCACCAGAUUUUCCAAAACUUAAAGCAUUGGAAAAACUAGCUGAAGAAUUAGAAUGCCCUGAACGUUUUAAACGUCCGCCAAUCACAGUCACCUUUGAAAAUCGUAUCAAUGCAGCUGGAGUCAAACAGAAAAAAUCCACAUUGACGGGAACGACACUACAGGGGUUAAUGAUGGAAGAUGAACGAGAAGCCUUCACAGUUGAUAGCCAUCAGUCUCUCUUUUUUGUAACGGCUGAUAUUAUUUUUCUUGCGGCUGGUACUCUUGGAACUAACGAAAUUUUGCUCAGAUCAAAAGCGAAUGGACUUGAAAUUAGUUCGGAAUUAGGACGAG